AUAGCACAAUAGGUGCACUGAUGUGAUAACUUUAAAUACCUUGAAGAAAGGCUUAGGCCGAUAUUUGUAGCUGUGGCCUAGUCACCUUCAACAAGAAUACCUGUUGCACCUACAUUCCGCGUCAGUCCCGAGCGUCGCAGUCCAAGCGAACAGUUGACGCCAAUGCUUACCUGAGCUAUCAGCAAGAUAUGGCUCUUUCAAAACUCAACUUUCCUUUCGUGUUAAAAAUCUUGUGCUUGAUAUUGCUGAUUUCACUCACAGCACAAGGGAGCAAAGAAACAACAUGUACACCACGAAACUGGAAAACCCUACAGUGCAACUUCCCACAAAAUAUCAACACGACGAGGAAGGAUUAUACAGUCUAUUUUCUACCUGACAAUGGCGGAGAAGAAAAGGUGGUUGACUGUGCGUGGAUCAAUGACAAGCUUCACUGCCUCCGACAGGAGGGCUUUGAGUGCAGUGAGUCUGUGACAGACAAAUCCAUUAUUGGUGUACCUGAAAGAUUUGUCAACAGAGAAGGAAGUUUUAGAUGCAACAUGAAUGGCCACAAACCUGGGAACUUCUCCUCCUGUCGAUUUCUGGCAAAUAAAGGUGAAGAGCCUUUCGCAGCUUGUGAGGCAAGCCUGGCUAAUGCAGAAUCUCAAGUUGUUUUGAACUGCAAUUUCUCGGUGGACGUGGAGAGCUUUAUUGUCAUGAAAAAUACAACGGUUGUAUCCAGCUUCACAAAAUCCGACUGCCAAAGCUCUUCCCCUAUUUGUACUCACAUGCCUGGGGAUAACCACCACAUCUUCAGUGUAACGCUUGAUGUUGAAGAUUUCACAUAUGGCGAAUACAAGUGUCACCCAGAAGAUCCACCACCUCAGCUUCAAGUCAAAGGAUGCAGCUUAAACAUAAACAAACAGACUGAAAGUUCCGAUAUUCCCGUGGUUGCUGUUGUAUUGCCAAUCGUCUGUGUAAUGGCUCUUGUGUCCACUGGGGUUUUUCUGUUUGUCAUCAGAAAGCUGAUAAUGAUUAAGAAAGCCAUGCUUAAGAAAAGAGAAGUAGCAGGAGAUAUCGAAGGGAAAAUCCCUUUACGCUCAGCAACCAGUGACUGCCAAGAUGGACGGGGACUGUCGCGUCCGUAGGACGAGUUGUUUCAGCAGUAAUGUUUUGAUAACGGCUUGUCACGUGGACAAAACAACGACCUGUUCCUUGGGCAGAGAAUUUGUUAUACCAUGACUACCCAAUUCUACAUCAUACUAACAAACUUUUACAGCAUCGCAAAUCGUGUUAGUGUUUGGGCACAGUCGUGUAGCCGUUUUCUUCUUUCUCAACAGAGAAUAGGGGGCCAAACAGCUAUCAAUUUAUAGAAAUUUAUAGUUCAAACUAGACUGUUUAGUCGACCACACGAAUACUACACCGUCCACUACACUGCAAACACAGGUUCAUGUAUAUAGUGAACUAGUGAGUGCAAACAUGAACAAACCUAGACUAUUAACUAAACAUCCUAAAUCAGUUACACUAGCGCUGUAAGUGAAUGCUGAUUGUUUUGUCUGUGUCGAUCGUUUUUUUCGACAGCAAUGUCUUGAUAUAAAACAAUCACACGGACACCACAAAUAUCAUUCGUUUAAUAGUGCUAUUCUUUUAGUAUAGUUUUCUUUUUUUAAACCAACACAAGGCUGGUUUUUAACAAUUCUCAAUGAACAUCCCCUACAUUUGAAUCUCAUUUUUUGUUUACGAGACAACUUUAGUGAUAGAAUAUGGAAUAUGCAAACAAAAAUCGAAAGGCUAAGAUAAAUGCUACUAUGUUUUGCAAUUCAAAUAUAUUUUCAGUUCAACUUCACGAAAAAAAAGUAUGUCAAUGGAUCACAUUAAGCCAACGUAGUCAAUAUAUGUGAAAAUCAACCCCGAUGUUGAGGCUUGGUGAUAUUAGUGUGACUUCGUGGACUUCAUAAUAUACAUCUAAAUGUUUUAUGAUUUGUAAAGGCACACUUUCAAAUAAAAUUAUGUCUCGUGUGAUUAUUGAAAAUAAAACAAGAUUAAAAAGGU